AUGCAGACGCGAGUUUCAAAGGCUUGUGUUGAACAAGACAAGCUGGGUCAAGCAUUUGAAGAUGCUUUUGAGGUACUGAGGCAACAUUCAACUGGAGAUCUUCAGUAUUCCCCAGAUUACAAAAACUACCUGACUUUCAUCAACCACUGCUCUCAUGUCCGAGGAAAUUCCAACUGCUAUGGCGUGCUGCCUGCAGAGGAUCCUGUCUAUAACUGGAGAACAGUAAUAAACAGUGCUGCAGACCUCUAUUUUGAAGGAAAUAUUCACCCAUCUCUGCAGAACAUCCCUGAAAAUCAGCUGGUACAAACUGUUCUCCAGCAAAAGGGAGGAAAAGGCAGGAAGAAACUUCGACUGUUCGAAUACCUUCAUGAAUCCCUGUGUAAUCCCGAGAUGGCAUCUUGUAUUCAGUGGGUUGAUAAAACCAAAGGCAUUUUUCAAUUUGUAUCAAAAAAUAAAGAAAAACUCGCCCAACUUUGGGGAAAAAGAAAAGGCAACCGGAAAACCAUGACUUACCAGAAAAUGGCCAGAGCACUGAGAAAUUAUGGAAGAACUGGGGAAAUCACCAAAAUCCGGAGAAAACUAACUUACCAAUUCAGUGAGACCAUUCUCCAAAGAUUCUCUCCGUCUUAUUUCUUGGAAAAAGAGAUCUUCUACUCACAGUAUGUUCAACCUGAUCAAGGAUAUCUAAGUUUAAGCAAUUGGAAUGCAAAUUGUAAUUAUAUGUAUGCCAAUUACCAUGAGCUGAGUCACCCUAAUUGCUAAAUAUACCCUUACAUUUUAUGAUUUCUUGGCAUCAGAAAUCCCUACACAUUUCAGGAUUUUUCUCUUAAAGCAAAUGCCGAAGAAAAAAACAAUUAACUUCAUUCUUGUUACCUUAUAUUAAGUAACAUAUAAUCUGUACUAACUUGGUGAGAAAUUCUGCUAGUGAACAAUGUUAAAAUGAUCAAGUCCCAUUUGAAAGUAUAGACUAACUGUCCUCAUUCUUACUAUUGUCUAUGGAAUACUUUUUUCUGAUUAACA